AUGGCUACUUGGAUUGAGUCACUCUACCUGAAGCUUCUCGACCGCUCGAGAGAGAACCUGCGCAAGCUGUGUCCCAGAGAUUUUAGUGCAGAUUUUCUCCCUGAGGGGGAAAUACCAACAAACUCAUCAGCUGAGCAGGUAGGCACAGGCAUGCACCGGCAACAAUUUCUCCUCAAACUCUCUGCGCUCAAUAUCCCGGCCUUGCGUGCCUCACGUAUGGAGUAUGAUGGGAGGGAGGGAGGUGUACCGGCAUCGUUCUACAGAAAGAAGGCAAGGCGCCAGAAUCGCAGUGAGCAGGCCCUGAUUCAGCGCUUCAGAGGGGAUGGCGUCAGUUACAAGGCCAAGCUGAUCGGGAUUGAUGAUGUGACAGCGGCGCGUGGAGACAAGCUGUGCCAGGACUCCAUGAUUAAACUGAAGGGAAUUGCUACCUCUGCACGGUCAAAAGGGAAACACAAACAGAGAAUUUUCUUGACUGUGUCCUUCGGAGGAAUCAAGAUUUAUGAUGAAAGAUCAGGGGUAUUACAACAACAACACUCUGUGCAUGAAGUCUCCUAUAUUGCCAAAGAUACGAGGGACCAUCGCGCCUUCGGCUUCGUGUGUGGAAAGAAAGGAAACCACAAAUUUGUGGCAAUCAAAACAAGCCAUUCGGCAGAGCCAGUCAUACUGGAACUGCGUGACCUGUUUACCCUGGUCUAUGACAUCAAACAGAGGGAGGAGUCACAGAAAAAGACUCAGAAGGACAAACACUGUGAUCCAGCUGUCUAUCAGAGCAUUCUUGAGGAUGAGAUGGAUGAUCCAGUGUAUCAGUACAUUGUGUUUGAAGCUGGACGUGAGCCUCUCCGUGGCCACCAAUCAGAAGAGAGCGUUUACCAGGUCCCAUCAAGUCAGCAGAAAGAAGGAAUCUAUGAUGUUCCAAAACGCCAUUGUAUGACUAAUAUAAACCAGUUUGAUCUCUUUGGUGACAUGGCCACCCCUCCAGACAUCCUGUCAAUGCCAUCGUCACCUGCUAACACACUGGAUCUUGGGAGGAGACGACGUCAGCAACCCCCAGAACAUUUCACCCAUUUCAGUCCACCAGCAGUGCCCUCAGGGUAUAUGACCAUGGGUGCUAUCCAGGCUGCUCACUGGGCUCAACAGUCCUUUGCCACCCAGGGUGCUCCAAUGGCCUUUGGGGUUCAGGCACCAUUGCAGAUGGCCCAGAUGCUUCCUGGAGGCCAGCCUAUGAUUUGGGGUCAGGCCAACCUCUUCCACUCUCCAGCCACGGGCCAGCAGCAGUGGGCUUUCGUGCCAGCACAGACAGUUGGUAUGGGAGCGCAUCCAAUUCCAACAGCUGUACUUCAUGGUUUCGUCCCCAUAGCAACCAUGCGGCCCCACUCCUGUGAGCCCCCUGAAACAUCAUCAACCAUUACGAGUCCUCAGCACUUUGUUGCCUCUACCCUGCGGCGUAGUGGAUCUAAACACACCCUGAAUGAGGAUCCUCCAGAAGAGACGAUAUCCGUUCACAUGCACACUGGACGACUGGAAGCUGCAGCAGACCCCGGACAGCUUUCUGAGAAACAGGAAGUGGAUGAACUGGAUCUUUCACAGAUGAGUUUGACUCCAGGGUCAUCGAUAUCACCAUUCACGACUGACUCUUGUGCUACUCCAGGUAAUGAACAGGAAACCACAUCCCAAGCAGCAACCCCCUCAAUAGAGCCAUCACUGCUUGAGGCAAGAGACAACUCAGGCCAUUUGACAGAAGGAUUGGUAAUAGUUAAUGAGGUCUGUUCUCAAACUCUCAGCUCUGAUUUGAUGCCAGUAGAUGCAGACUCUUCACAGCUGGAUGUCUGAAGAGAGAUUACUUCUGGGAAGCGUUACACUGGACAUGCAGGAGAACACAUGGAGAAGCCAAAAGUCACAUGAACAUCAAUAUAAAAUAACUCUG